AUGUCAGACAAGAUACGACAGGAACAGUUGUUCCAAACUAUGAAGCAAAAGCACCUGGGAUUGGGGACUGAUAAUACUUCGAAGGCUGAGUGGUUUACUCAGAUCAAUAGAGAUACCUAUAAUACUUUAAUAGGCCAUACGAGUUUAUUAGAAUAUACUGCGCUGGGCAGCUCUAGUACGAAAGCAGAGACAAGACUCAGUCUGAUUGACAAAAUGUGCAAUGAUUACACUAGGGGCAUAUAA